GGCGACCUUUCAAGAGUGAGAGAACCACGAGCCUCACCCACCAGACCCAGUUAUAAGUCUUGUCGAUCCAUCUUUCUACCCAUCACAACCCGAAAUUGGGUCCCAGGGUCAACUCAACUCACAGUUUUCAAGCCCAUCCCCCUUUGCUGAUCUCUCCAGCCUGUUUACUUUCUUUUUCACUUUCACGACAGGUGGCAUUCAUCCGUCUCACUCCGCCUUUGUUAAUACAACUUAUAAAAUCAACUUCCAAGAAACCCUAGAGGACUAGAGAUCAGAUAUAUAUCCAAAAAGGCCAUCAAUAUAUACAGCCAAAAAUGCCCUUCCCCGAAACCCUCAACGCGAAACCCCGCGUCAUCUUCUUCACCGACUUCGACGGCACCAUCACCCUACAAGACACCAACGACUUCAUCACCGACAACUAUGGCAUGGGCAAAGCCGAACGCCGCCAACUCUUCCACGCUGUAAUCGACCAAACCGACACCUUCCGCAACACAUUCCAAAAAAUGCUUGAUAGCUGGCACAUGCCCUUCCCCGAAGUCCUCGAGAUCCUCCGCCAAAACAUCACGUUGGACCCGCACUUCCGCGACUUCAUGGUCUGGGCACGAGCCCAUCAAGUCCCCGUCAUCGUGCUGAGUAGCGGCAUGGUUCCCGUUCUGGAAACCCUACUCAAACACCUAUUGGGCGAGGAAUUGAUGAGCGAUAUUGAAAUCGUCGCUAAUGAGACUCAAUUACGAGCACCGGGGAACUCGCUCGAUGUUGCGGAUGGAUGGACGAUCAAGUUUCAUGAUGAUUCGGGAUUCGGACAUGAUAAAUCACUCACGAUUCGUCCUUAUGCCGAUGCGAUUGCAAAGAUGCCGUUUGAGGAAAGGCCGACUUUAUUGUAUGCGGGUGAUGGGGUCAGUGAUUUGAGUGCGGCCAGGGAGACGGAUCUGUUGUUUGCGCGUGAGGGUCAGGAUCUCAUCACGUAUUGUGAGAAUGAGGGGAUUCCGUUCACGACUUUCUCGACCUGGAAGAGUAUCCUUGAGGAGACACAGGAGAUUUACGGUGGUGAGAAGACAGUGCGCAAAUUGGCGGAGGAGGGCUUGAAGAGGCAUAGGACCAAUUCUAUCGAACACGGCUCGACUAUGAGACCUACAGUCCGAUAAGUCUCCUCGAAAGUCUGCCUUCAGCGGAUUGGCAUCGAGGACAGGCACCGAACCAUGUUUCCUAGAAUAGACAGACAAGGGUGAUGAUAUAGACAGUUCUACACGCCCAAAUAUAGACUAGAGCCAAUGGCUAUGAAUUAUAAAGACC